GCGCGCAACUCUACAGAUAACGUUACUACUGUAGCGCUGUCGAGAAUUGACAUGCGUGUAUUUUGGCACACAAAGUAUGCCGUAGUCGGAAAGAUGGCGACCGUGGCGCUGGUUAGCCGUCCUGCGAGUGUCCUUCCAAAAAUUUCAAGUAGCUGCUCCCCUGCUGUGUUGUCAGCUGCAUCCAUCUCAACAGUCCAGCAGAGGAAGCUUCACCAUGCUGUUGUCCCCAAAGGGAAAGGAGGACGCUCCUCCUCCAGUGGAAUAGCAGCAACGGUGUUUGGUGCCACAGGUUUUCUGGGCCGAUACGUAGUCAAUAGGCUGGGUCGGAUUGGCUCUCAGAUUGUAGUCCCUCACCGCUGUGAUCAGUAUGACAUCAUGUACUUUAGGCCCAUGGGUGAUCUUGGACAAAUAAUUUUCAUGGAGUGGGAUGCCAGGAACAAAGACUCCAUCAAACGGGCUUUGGAGCACUCUAAUGUUGUCAUCAACCUAGUGGGAAGAGAGUGGGAGACAUGGAACUAUCGCUUUGAGGAUGUUUUUGUGAGCAUCCCACAGCAGAUUGCCAAGGCAGCCAGAGAGGCCGGCAUCACAAAAUUCGUCCACAUGUCUCACCUCAACGCUGACAUACGCAGCCCGUCCAAAUACCUGAGGAACAAGGCUGUAGGAGAGACGGCAGUGAGAGAUGAGUUUCCUGAUGCCAUCAUCAUGAAGCCCUCUGAGAUCUUUGGGAGGGAGGACAGAUUCUUCAACCAUUACGCAAACAUGCGCUGGUUUGGCAAUGCUAUUCCACUCAUAUCAAUGGGGAAGAAGACAGUGAAGCAGCCUGUCCAUGUGGUGGAUGUGGCCAAGGCCAUCAUCAAUGCUGUCAGAGACCCUGAUGCUAAUGGAAAGACGUUUGCAUUAGUUGGUCCGAACCGUUAUCUCCUUCAUGACCUGGUGGAGUACAUCUACGCAGUGGCACACAGACCUUUUGUGCCCUACCCCCUGCCCCGCCCACUCUAUCACCUUGCUGCUCAGUUUUUUGCAAUGAACCCAUUUGAGCCGUGGACAACCCCAGACAAAGUCGAGAGGUUUCACACAACAGACAUGAAGUACCCAGGACUUCCAGGUCUGGAGGAUCUUGGCAUCACUCCAUCUGCUGUAGAACAAAAGGCUAUUGAGAUUCUGCGCCGCCACCGCCGAUUCCGUUACCUGGAAGCUGACCUGGAUGAGACAAAACCAGCCAAAACUGUCAGCUAUUAAACUACCUGACCACUUCCCAACAUCACUGAGGAUGUCAGUAUCUCUGAUUUGCUUGGUCUUUAAUUAUAUUCUGUACAUAAAAAAAAAAUUAUCAUCCAA